UUAAUAUAUAUCAUGGCUAUCCAUGGAUAAGUCACUUGGCCAAUUGUUAAUAUGUAUCAUGACUAUCCACGGGUCUUGCUUUCGACAUUUAAAAUGGACAUUUUUUAGUAUGAUGUAACUGAAUUGUCUCCCUAUAUGCCAUAUUAAGUCAAAUCUGGUCAAACAAACGCUUGCACUACCUACUAGACCUACAGAACAUAACGGCAUGGUUAUUUUAUGCAAUGUGUCGGAUUCACAUGAGCUUACUAUGUUCUCCUGAAAAUUGCAUUUUUCGCAUGUUUGCCGAAAAUAACCGAUAGCUUAACAAAUUAAAUGCCACUCUCGAUGUGCACGCGUGCACGUUUCGGCAAUAGGCUAACCAUUCUGAUGAAGGUGAAUCGAUCUGAUUGAAAUAAUAUCUUGACCUGCACUCCCGAAGCGAAGUGUAGUUUACGGAACGGGAGUGGAGAUCAAGAUUAAUAUGAUUUUACUCGGAUUGAGAGUGACACAGUAUAGGCCUAGUUACCAAAAUACUGGUAUCACACCAGAUUUUCUUCACACUGAAAUGUCGUUUGAGCAGAGUGUAAAAAUGCGUUUCUUCGUACAUAUUCAAAAGAUCCUUCUAGGAUGCUUACAAAUAUGACCCUAACAAAGAAUGCUCAUAUGGAGUGUAAUACGAUAUAUUCAGACCAUGGUCCGUUUUUGGCACCAGUAGGGGUACUGUACUUGAAAUCAGGAAAACUAAUAUAUGGGACGCUUUCCAUUUAGCCCGGCAACGCGGCGCUGCUGAUGUUGUCACCGUAAAAGAUACGUAAAGUAACCAGAAAUGCUGUCGGUACCCGGUAAAUCCGGCAACAACAAAAACAACGUCACCUGAAACUGGAAACAACGGCAACGUGCACACGAAAGGAGAUCCGUUUGAAUCGUAAUGGCUAUUGGAAUAUGAGUGCCACACAUUUGAAGGGUACCUAGGAUCUUUCAUCUUCAAGUUAUCAAAAAUCAACCUGACCUGUAUCCGAAUAUCAUUUUUCAUUAUGAAGCACAUGUAUACGAUAGUGUGAACUGACACGUGAGCUCGGAUCAUAAUCAGUCAACAAUGUCGACCAUGACGUGGUAUCUCGUGUCGUUUCUUGUGCUAGCAGCCGCUAAUUCCAAUGUGUUGGUGACCGCGGACUGUCCAGAUGGGUGGAUGAAACAUCAGCAAUGCUAUCUCUUCAGUCACGACAAACUGUCAUGGACAGGAGCUAUUGUAAUGUGUAAACUACUGGGAGGGUACCUGGCCGAAGUACAGUCCGAGUCCGAAAAAACCUUUCUGGACACGAUGGCCCAUCAAAUCAACAAUCACUUCUGGAUAGGGGCACAUGAUUCCGUCCAGGAGGGUUCGUUUGUUUGGGCGACUUCUCGAGAACCCGUGUCAGUACAGCACUUCCUUCAUACACCGGACAACUACGGAAAUAACGAGGGUUGUGUCGAAAUCGAUAGCAAUGGAGAGUGGAACGACAACAACUGUAUGACAGCAUUUCAGUACAUUUGUGAACGCCCAGCGGUAGGUGAAGAGCUGAUUGGCCGAUAGGAUGGGACGUGGAUGAACUCCACAGCAUCAUAACUGUCUGUCUUGUACUUUGCAUGAAGCAGUUAAAUAAAUAGUGGUUAAAGACUA